CAAUUGGCCAAUUCUAGCAUAGAGGAAGUGUCGUAAUUUCCUUAACUGAGAAAGCAGGGGCUGGCGAGAUCGUUGAAGAAGCCUGUCCAAAGAAUAAACAUAUUGCAUUAAUAAUAUAGGAUACUCGUCUGUUUUGUGUUAAGCUUUGAAGAAUUAACCCACAACAAUGUCGGCCCAAGCUCAAAUGAGAGCUUUGCUCGAUCAACUAAUGGGGACAGCGAGGGAUGGUGAGUAGCAAAACGGCGGCGGCGGCGGCUAGCUUGUUAGCUAAAAGAUGGAGCUAGUCAGAGAUACUUUUCUAAGGCUGCGUUUACACAGGCAGGCCAAUUCUGAUAUUUUUUCCACUAAUUCGUCUUUUUACAAUCACAUCAGAUCUUUUCACAUCAGAUCGUUUUCAGAGCUGAUCUGAUUGGUAAAAAGACCAAUUAGUGGGAAAAAACAGAAUUUGUCUGCCUGUCUAAACGGAGCCUAAUAUGUCUGAGCCAGUGGCUUGCACUUAGCCUACUAGCUAGCUAGUUGGCUAUCUAGCUAACUAGUUUUAUGGCGUGUUUCAGUUGGACAUACCUUGAAUGAAUGGCGUACAAGAGGACACCUGUGUAACAUAAAGCAGCUCAAUAAUGAUUUGGCCCCGGCCUAGUUGUUGUUUCGCGAUUUAAUGUUUGUAUCCAUAGCUAAUGACGUCCACUCCGGCAUUCAUUGUUGAUAGACCAGCUGGCUAGAUCAGUAAUGAUCAACUAGACGCCCCCCUGGGGGACCCUGAGUUUUCAAGUGGUCCCUGAAAAAGCGGGGAUAAAACUCAUGGUAAAGCUAAUCAAUUUCAAUCGGAUGUAUUUUUACUACACACAUUCACGUUCUUAUGUUGUUCAGUGAGGUACAUGGCUAGCCAGUGUUGGGGUCAAUUCCAUUUAAAUUCAGGAAGUACACUGCAAUUCCAUUCCAAUUCUCUUAAAUGCUUUUCAAUUAGAAACAUUUUGAAUUAUAAUUUGGUUUACUUUCUGAAUUGACUGGAAUUGAAACUGAAUUGACCCCAACCCUGAAGUUAAUUAUAUUUAGCAAGGCCUACAUACAGUAUUUAGGAUAACAAAGCUAGCCUACCUUGUAAAUACUAAAUAGUCAGUAAGGAUAUCUGGAGAGUCUGCAAGUCAUUGACAGGAGGUUAAAACAGUUAGUCAUACAGUGCACAGUAUCUAGUAUUGUGUAGCAUUUGUACAAGCACCAUUUCCAUAGUAAAUGACGUAUCUAGCUACAAGGAUACUAGCCCUACGAAGCUUGCCUUCACAUAUACAGUAAGUACAGUUAUUUUAACAGUAGCCCUCUGUCUUAGGGCAUUCUAUAGCAACAGCUUGCGAGAUAUGCACCCGACCUGUUGCUGUACCUGUAUUUAGCAGCUCGUGUCCCGUGUUGGACAGUAUCCGUAAUUGGUAUACGGUUCUGAUGGAAACAUCGUCGUUUGCAUCACCGAGCAGUGCCCAAGAAAGUAUUAAAUCCAAUUGUUUGAUGCUACCCCCUCCAAUCUAAUUCAAAGAUGGAUUCACUCUCUUGCUUCUAGACAGGUAAACAGACUGUCUGCAAUCAUACCACUUCCUGUCACGAGCACUAGCCCAACAAAAUGGUCACGGUGCUGCCAACCUCUGCAGCGGCUGUGAUACCCAUUAAUGUUGCUGGCCGUGUUCGAGAGCGUCAACCUUGAUGUAUCAUGGGUAAAUUGUGACCGACGGACUGAUCUACAAAUAAUAAUGAGUCGUUAUUUAUGAUGCAAGGUGAUUUGUAGGUCAGUCGGCAGUCGCUUGCACUGUCGGCUGCAAUGUCGAACAAGACCGUUUUGUUGAUCUAUGUGGGUGGCUGCACCGUGCCCAUUUUGUUGUGCUAGUGCUCGUGACAGGAAGUGUUAUUAUUACAGACAGUCUGUAUUUACCUGUCUAGAGGUGAGGGUGUGCCAUGCAAGUGCACCGCUCAGGAAUCCAUCUUUGAAUUAGUUUGGCGGGGGUGGGGGUAGCAUCAAUCAAUUGUAUUUAAUACUUUCUUGGUCACCCUCCUGCGACACAAACAACGUCUACCGAUGACGGAUACUGUCCAAAACAGGUACAGCAAUGGGUUGGGCAAGCUGUCUCUAUAGAAUGCUAUUAGACCCGGCUAAUUAAUAAAUGACAACAUUAAUAAAGGUGUCAAAUUGGGCUACAAGGAUACAAACAUUGAAAACAUAACAGCUGCCAUUUAGUAAGGAUGUCAUGUCUACAAUGGUGACAUGUAAAGUCCGAUAAACUGACUUCAGUCCAUGGUUCUUUUUUGGCCUUAAUCAGCCUACCAAAGUGAGUUUGUGUCGAGUGAGUUUGUGUGUGUGUUGAGAUGAAUACAAAUUCUUCCCGUACGUAUGUUGCAUACAAAGUGAACAAUUGUGGCCCCUUUAUUUUAUUCAUAAAGGUUCAGUGUAUCUAUGCCAGCCUACAUCAAUCUGCAAAGGAGUUGCAGAAAAGCCUCAUGUUCAUCGAGCCGUGAGUCACACAUGAUUUUUAAAGCUGUUAUGAAUAAUAAUAAUCCAAACAAUUGUUUGCUUUCCGGAAGUUGUACUUUUUUUAGCAUCACAACAAUGGAUAUUAAAAUCUUCAAUGACACUUUGAAUUACAAUUUGGAAGCAGUAAAUGCAGCUUGAAUUAAGACGUUGCCUGGCUGCGUUGAAAGCCACGUUUAUUGUCAAGCAGAGACAAUAUUAGCCAUCGAAAAGCUUUGCACAGAUCUUUUACAAUCUGACUUGUGUAUCAUUCCACACUUCCCUACUACAGGUUUGGGCAAGAAAACAGUUCCCAUUUAUACUUUUCUACAGCGGGUUUAAAAUUCUGCAGCUGAGGUCUUGGAGAAUGCAGAUGGGUACAGUAUGUUGCAGCUCGCAGUGUGUAUAAAACUAACGUAUUUUUCUUGGUUUUCUUUUCAAUGUUCCAUUUGUGUCAGGGACUUGGUCGGCGCCAACUAUAUGCUAGGCCUAAAUCUAUUUUAAAUGGUCUCAUUUUGUUGAAGUUAGGAGAUCUAGCUGACACGGUAACAGCUGUUGCAGUGACACAGCCCAGUUAAGCAGAGUGGCAAUGUCAUGAGACCAAGGGAGCCUCAUGAGCCUGUCCCUGUCAAUCAUUAAAAACACCCAUACAGUAGGCUUACUACCAUUUGGCUGUUGAUUUUCUAUAGGCCUAUAUUCUUUAAUUGAACAGGUGCUUUCAGAAUGCAAUGACGAGAGUGGCAAGUCUGUCUUAGCACAACCAUAUUAUUAAAAUAGUAUCGAGGCUCUGGUAAGGUAAGCCUCUAGGUCACAGCAGAAAAUACAACAAGCCAUAAGGGACACGCCACUCUGGUCCCAAUGCAGGCCCCAUUGUUUACCAGAUAAAACACUGACUGGUGAACCUGGGUUAGGUUUAAGAUGACCUAAGUUUCAGCUUUAAACAGGUAAAAGCGUUUUUACAAAGCCACGUUUUUGGACAUCUUAAGACAAAGUGGAUGUCGUUGAAUACUGUCCAAAGGCACACAUUCUGUCAGUUGAUGCUUUCUAGCUCAAUAUAUCUAUGUUAAUUUCACCCAAAUAAAGAGAAUCCCAAGAUGCAGUUGUAGAAAUGGUCAAAUCUAUGCCCCUUUACCCUAAUAUGGGUAUAAAGUAUUGCAUACCUCGCUCUAGUGGAUUAGUAGCUAUGUGAGGUCUUUCUGACUGUUGAUUUUGCAUGUUUCAGGGGAUGAGACGCGGCAGAGGGUCAAGUUCACUGACGAGCGGGUCUGCAAAAGCCAUCUCCUGAACUGCUGUCCCCACGACAUCCUCUCUGGAACUGUAAGCAGACUAAGCACUCUCUCCUUCCAUUGUCGCGUUUUGCCAGAAACCAUUUGUUACCCUAAUAUGAUUGAUUGAAUCAGCAGUUAAAGUCUAGUCAGUAAUAUUGGUUGAUCUAUUCUGAAUAUUUAGUGCAGUGACUGUUAACUACUUUCUAAAGCAGACGAUGUAGGAACUAUGGCUGUGUCUUGACUAAUUGAUUUCGACUUCAUCGACAGCGUAUGGAUCUGGGAGAAUGUACGAAGACCCAUGACCUGGCGCUCCGGGCCGACUAUGAAAUCGCCUCCAAGGAGAGAGAACUCUUCUUUGAGCUUGACGUAAGUGAUGUCCACAGUCAGUUCAAUUAAAUGCAUCUUAAUUGAUCCCUUCCGUGCAGAGUAAGUUUUACUUCUUCUAUACUGAACAAAGAUCUAAACGCAACAUGCAACAAUUCCAAAGAUUUUACUGAGUUACAGUUCAUAUAAGGAAAUCAGUCAAUUGAAAUAAAUUCAUUAGGCCCUAAUAUAUGGAUGUCAUAUGACUGGGAAUAUAGAUAUGCAUCUGUUGGUCACAGAUACCUUAAAGGUAGGGGCGUAGAUCAGAAAACCAGUUAGUAUUUGGUUGCAUUUACCUCAUGCAGCGCGACACAUAUCCUUUGCAUGGAGUUGAUCAGGCUGUUGAUUGUGGCCUGUGGAAUAUUGUCCCACUCCUCUUCAAUGGCUGUGCAAAGUUGCUGGAUAUUGUUGGGAACUGGAAUACGCUGUCAUACAAGUCGAUCCAGAGCAUCCCAAACAUGCUCUGGUGAGUAUGUAGGCCAUCAAAUAACUGGGACAUUUACAGCUUCCAGGAAUUGUGUACAGAUAUUGGGCAGUGCAUUAUCAUGCUGAAACAUGAGAUGAUGGUGACGGAUGAAUGGCACAACAAUGGGCCUCAGAAUCUCUUCACGGUAUCUCUGUGCAUUCAAAUUGCCAUCGAUUAAAAUGCAAUUGUGUUGUCCGUAGCUUAUGCUUGCCCAUACCAUAACCCCAUCACCACCAUGGGGCACUCUGUUCACAACAUUGACAUCAGCAAACUGCACGCCCUCACAACGCCAUACACGUGGUCUGCGGUUGUGAGGCCGGUUGGACGUACUGCCAAAUUAUCUUAAACGACGUUGGAGACGGCUUAUGGUAGAGAAUUGAACAUUAAAUUCUAUGGCAACAGCUCUGGUGGACAUUCCUGCAGUCAGCAUGCCAAUUGCAUGCUCCCUCAAAACUUGAGACAUCUAUGGCAUUGUGUUGUGGGACAAAACUGCACAUUUCACUUGCCUUUAAUUGUCCCCAGCAAAAGGUGCACCUGGGUAAUGCUGUUUAAUCAGCUUCUUGAUAUGCCACACCUGUCAGGUGGAUGGAUUAUCUUGGCAAAGGAGAAAUGCUCACUAACAGGGAUGCAAAUGAAUUCGUGCACCAAAUUUGAGAGAAAUACGCUUUUUGUGCGUGUGGAAUAUUUCUGGGAUCUUCUAUUUCAGCUCAUGAAACAUGGGGCCAAUACAUGUUGCGUUUUAUAUUUUUGUUCAGUGUUGUUCAUUUUACCUGUGCAGCAGUUCGUGUUCCAUUGACUUGUAUGGAGUUGACUUUUCUGUGGUUGACUAUAGGCUGUGGAUCACCUGGAGUCUUUCAUUGCUGAUUGUGACCGUAGAACAGAGUUGGCCAAGAAACGACUGGUCGAGACCCAAGAUGAGAUCAGUGCGGAGGUGGCUGCGAAGGUGAGAGGGCAAGAUGAACCUUGUUGUGGAGUGUAAGGACGACAUGUUGUUGGAAACGUUCUGAUCCAGACUGAUGUAUGAUGUUGUUGAGUUGUGUGUGUGAUUCUCCAGGCAGAGACUGUCCACGAGCUGAACGAGGAGAUCGGGAAGCUCCUGGCCAAGGCAGAGCAGCUGGGAGCAGAGGGGAACGUGGACGAGGCCCAGUUGGUCCUACAGGAAGUGGAGAAGGUCCGCAGCAGGAAGAGGGAUGCUGAGGUGAGGAGGAGGGGUUGUUUUCCUCGCAACACGUCUAUUCCAUCAAACUAGCCCUAACUAUAAACCUGGGUCGAGUUUAGCAGGGCACACCUUAGCAAAAACAUUUUGCAAUGUAAAAUUAUGUUCUUAUUGGACAAGUUUAAGUGGAACCAUCCGGUUUCACUUCAUUUUCACCAUACUGAACUCGACCCCAUUCUUUCCUGUCCUGACUCAUUCUCUUUUUCCAUAUCUUCUGUUUUCUGCUUCUCAGGAGGAGUACAGAAACUCCAUGCCUGCCUCCAGUUUCCAGCAGCAGAAACUCCGUGUCUGCGAGGUGUGCUCGGCCUACCUGGGUCUCCACGACAAUGACCGUCGCCUAGCCGACCACUUUGGCGGGAAGCUGCACCUGGGCUUCAUCCAGAUCAGGGAGAAACUGGAAGCUCUGAAGGUAUGCUCUGAACCACCUCAGACCACAUAGGUUGCUUAGUACACCUGGCAAGAUGAGAGAUCUUGGACUGAUUUCCCGUUUUGAGGAUUAUGCAGGGACAUUGUUUGGGAUUAAAGCACUGCAAACGUCUAUCUUUUGGGAUUCCUUUGAAUUUUGCCGCAAGGACUUUUUGACAUUAGAAUUUAUUAACACAAUCAUUUUUUUAUGUUAAGACUUAGGCUAAUGCCAUUGCUCACCAUUUUUUCAAAUCAGAAAACCGUCCUUGACAAGCAGGAGAAGAGGAACCAGGAUCGUCUGAAGAGGAGAGAAGAGAGGGAGAAGGAGGGGGGGGUGAAGAAGAGGUGGGUACAGGACUUAACUUUUCAGAAAUCAUUUAAUUGAUGUAGGCACAUGAUUUAUAAACAUGUUGGUGGUGAUGGCAGCACUUCUUGGGAAAAAUAAUCGAUUUAUGUACUGUAUGUGGAGGCAAAUGGAGAUAUUUUCAUAGCGGUAUCUUCAUUGUUUUGUCUGUCAUUUUAUAGGACCAAAUCACGGAGCAGGGAACGGAGCAGGGAACAUAGAAGGUUAGUAUGGGCCCCCAGCCAUUUGCUGCCAUAUGAAUUAUAUUAGAUACACGAUAUCAUCGUUUAUUACUGUAUAUAGGACUUCUCUGGGUCUGUGCUGCAGGUCCCGCUCUCGCGAACGUAGGAGACGGCGUUCCCGUUCCUCGUCUCGGGAGAGGCGCCGUUCCUCCCGCUCGCGCUCCAGGGACCGGGAGAGGAGGAGACGCCGCCGCUCCCGAUCCUGCAGCAAGGGCCGCCGCCACAGCCACGAGCCCAGCACCAGACACAAGUAGGAGAACAAACACACAUUACUCAAACACAAUCAUAAAACCACUUCUCAUAAUAAAUACACAUUGGAUGUAUGUGUAACAAGACCGUGUGGAAUGGUUCCAGGUCAUCCAGGGAUCGAGAGCGCUCAUCCAGAGACCGUUCACGGGAGCGAAGCAGGAAGAGGGGAUCCUCCGAGCGGCGGCAGGACAGCAGGGAUCAGAAUGGGAGGACAGACUCCCGCCGGGCGGAGGACAGACACACCGGAGACCUCUGAGGACUCUCGCUGUCCAGCCAUCCUCAAAACACAACCUCCUUUUGUCUCUCUUUCAUACCUGUCCAUAGAUCUAUAAGGACUCUCUCCUUGUAUGAAUCCUCCCUCCAUUUCCUUAACAGCAAUGUCCAGAGACGUUUUGCUUUGACAGAUAUUCCAGCCAACCCACUGUGUCCCAAAUAAAUAGAGCUUAUAUGACCAUAAAGGUGUGUGUGUACAUAUUGUAUAUUGCGC